AUGAAUGCUGAACUGGCCAGAAACUGGGAGAACAAGAGUGCUGUGAAUGAGUUUGUCUUACUGGGAUUCCGUGAACACCCUCUGCUCUUCUUUGCUGCCUUUCUUGCUAUCUAUCUGAGUGUCAUUCUAGGCAAUGGUCUCGUUGUGGUUGUGACAACAAAGGAUUCUGCCCUCCAUACACCUAUGUAUUUUUUUCUAAGAAGUUUAUCAGGACUUGAAGUUUGUUACACUUCAGUCACUCUUCCCAAAAUGAUAGCCAGCCUGGCCACCGGAGACCACUCCAUUUCUUUGGAAGCUUGUGCCUCCCAGAUGUUCUUCAUGCUGUUUCUGGGUGGUGCUGAGUGUUUCUUACUAACUGCCAUGGCCUACGAUCGCUAUGUUGCUAUUUGCCUGCCCCUGCGCUAUAUGAUCAUAAUGAAUCAAAGGAUGCUCAUAGGACUGGUGUCUGGUUCUUUUGUUCUCAGCCUCCCAAUGCAGUUGGUACAAAUUGGACUCAUUUUCUCCCUCCCCUUUUGUGGCCCCAAUGAAAUGGACCACUUCUUCUGUGACAUGCCAGCAGUCCUCAGUCUAGCAUGUGCUGAUGUCUCCACCAAUGAGUUGGUAGUAUAUAUGGAGAAUGUUAUAUUUGCUCUGGCUCCUCUUGUUGUCAUCUUAACCUCCUACUUCUAUAUCACUAGGACUAUAUUACACAUGCCAUCAGCCAUGGGGCGUCAGAAGGCUUUUUCCACUUGUUCAUCUCAUGUGAUUGUGGUCAGUCUUUUUUAUGGCUCAGGAAUGUUGGUAUACCUACAUCCCCAAACGACAGAUUCUAUUAAAAUUGACAAGAUACUUUCUCUGCUCUACACAGUCAUCAUUCCCCUUUGCAAUCCCCUUAUAUACACUUUGAGGAAUAAGGAUGUAAAGGCUGCCUUGAAGAGGCUCUUUAGUAAUAAAUAG